UUUUCUUUAGUUAUUUUUCUGAUUUCUUGUGAUAGAUAUCAUUUUUCCCCGAGUUUGUCUCCGUCAGAAUGAGGAAAGACGAACCGAACGCCGUCCACUCCUCUUCCGACGCGCCAUCCCACGCCGUCACCGCCACAAACGCCACCACCUCUCAGUUCAAUCCUAGGGUUCCCGAUGCCCGAUCGGCCUCGCGCGCGUGCGCGGCCCAGGCCGAGUUGACUCAGUCCGCGUCGCGGUUACAGUUUUUCAUAAGGAUGAUCUCCGAGGGGAAAACUAUGGUAAUCCAAGCUUACACGGACGACACCGUGCGAUCUGUCCACGAGCGAAUCCAAUUGCAGACCGGGAUUCCGGUACACGAGCAGAGACUGAUAUACCGAGGAAGGCAGCUCCAGGCGGAGCGAUCCCUCGGCGAGUGCAACAUCCAAAACGACGCCGGACUGCAAUUGGUUGGCCGUAUGCGCAGCACGGAGCACCCUCACGCCUGGCAAGUCAUCAACGACAUCGUUUCAGUGGUGUGCCGUCUCUGCCGAGGCGAACCGUUCCCUUCGGCAGCGAAAUACAUUAAAGUCAGGAUGAUGGAGUUCUUGACAGUGAUGCCGAAGGACGAGGAGCAAGUGGCCUCCGGCCAUUUACAGAUUUUCUUAUUGUCUUCCGCUCCGGCGGCGUUGGUGAUGCUCUAUAUGUCGCCGAUCAAAGGUAACAAAGACUGUGCGGAUAGCUCAAUUAGGCAUUUUUUGAAUUCAAGUCGAAAUUCGUUGCCGAAACAGUAUCAUAAUUAUUGUGCACCUAUAGUUUUAGAGUUUUGUAAGUUGCUUAGAAGAGCUGCAAAUGAGGAUCCUUUAUAUUUAUCGUGUCGGAGUACACUUGGGUCGUUAUUGGAAUCGAUUGGAUCCCCGGAGAGUUCUAAAGGAGUGAUUGUGAUGCAGGAGAUUUUCCCGUUUGUUAGUGAGCUGGCGAGUAGGUUGUCUAAGGACUUAGGUUUGAGUAUGGAAUCGCCCACAGGCGUGGGGCCACAAUUGGGUGAUGUUCGCGAUUUUGCUGCUUUCUUGCUCCCUCUGCGGACUGCGAUCACAGAACAAGUUGGGUUUCGGGGUCCAAAUCCUGUGUCGGUGGGUGGUACUGAGCCUAAGCAUCCAUUGUAUGGGGAAGAGAUUGAGUUUCUUCAUCUUUUGUUUAUUGAUUUGUUGAAGAGAAUGGGGGAAUGCCUCCACAAGAUGGAGGAGUGCUUGGCUGUAAAACACAAGGGGGAAGGUGAGAAUAUUUAUACCGGUUGGUCUCAAUAUCUUGCCAUAUUGAAGGAGCUGUAUAGCAUUUCCCAACUUUAUCAGGGCGCUGAAGAAGAAUUUUGGACAGUUCUGAGGCUUGGAAAGUCCUCGCUAUGUGCGCUGAUUGUCAGAUAUGCAAAGCGAACUGAUGAUCAUCAGUGGCUUCUUGAGCGAAAGGACGUGACUGAUUCUAAGGUGGAUCCCUUGCACCUUGACUAUUUCAAGUUCUCUGGUCGGGUAAUUGCAUUAGCUUUGAUGCACAAAGUGCAAGUAGGCAUUGUCUUUGAUCGUGCCUUCUUCUUGCAAUUAGCUGGAAAGUACAUUUCCUUGGAAGAUAUAAAGGAUACAGAUCCAUGCUUGUAUAAUAGCUGCAAGCAGAUUCUGGAGAUGGAUUCUGAUUUUAUUGACGCAGAUGCAUUAGGACUAACAUUUGUUAGAGAAGUUGAGGAGUUAGGAUCCAGAAGAGUUGUAGAGCUUUGCCAGGGUGGGAAAAGUAUUGUUGUGAACAGCAAGAACAGAGAAGAAUAUGUUAGACUUCUUAUUGAGCAUCGCUUUGUCACAUCUAUCUCAGAACAGGUAUCACAUUUUGCUCAAGGUUUUGGUGAUAUUCUUUGCAACUCUCGGCUCCAAAAGUUCUUUUUCCAAAGUUUAGUGCUGGAAGAUCUUGAUUGGACGCUUUAUGGAAGUGAAACUGCUCUCUGUGUUGAUGAUUGGAAGGCACAUACCGAGUUCAACUAAGUCCACCAAUCGUUGCUUUAACCAAGUUUUCUAAUAGCAUUCUCUCUUAGGAUUUUUUUUUUUUUUUCUUUUUUGUAUUUUCUAUUUAUUUUUAUUUCUUCUAUAUUUUCUCAUCUAUAAAAAAACAAUAUACAUUAAAUAAAUGGUUAAUCAA